GUAAAAUUAAACACAUUAUUAUAAAUUAGCGACCAUGGGGUCUACAAUAACUCUUAUACCUAUUUUCAUGAAUAUUUUGGGUAUAACUUAUGCAGUGAAUCCAAAUUGUAAUUAUAAUCAGUAUUUAGACGUUGGACAAAAAGUCAGUGUACACAAUACACAAUAUCCCAACCAGUAUUCUAGAGGUUACAAUUGUAAUUGGCAGGCUCAAAGUCCUAUUGGAUCUAAGAUAAUCAUUUCGUGCGAGGAUAUUAAUUUACCAAGUACCCGACAAUGUUCUGGGGACAAGCUUAAAAUAUCACUUACCGGAGAUAAUUCAUUUUCAGAUUCAAAAAAUUAUUGCGGUGCUGGAAAACUUUCACUUGUAGCUCAAGCAAAUCGAGUAGCAAUUGAAAUAGUAUCAACAGUUGUUUCACAAGGAGGAAGAUUUAUUUGUACAUUAACUGCAGUCAAAGUUAAUAAACCUGAACCAGAACCUCAGGGUUUGACAAAUUGUGACUGUGGAUGGAAAAGAGGAACAAAAAUUGUGGGAGGAGAGCCAACUAUUGUAAAUGAAUAUCCGGCUAUGGCGGGUUUAGUGGACGUAGAAAACAGCGAGAUUAUUUGUGGCGGUAGUAUAAUUUCCAAUAGAUAUAUACUUACUGCAGCUCACUGCAUGAGGAAUAUACCUUUUCGAACCAUGGCUAUUCUUGUAGGAGACUGGAAUAUAUCCACAGGAAUGGAUACAAAUGCGGCUGCUCUUUAUAGAACUGAAAGUUAUUGGGAACAUCCAAAUUUUGACAUAGCUACUGGUCAGAAUGAUGUAGCAAUUAUCAGAACUUUGCAACCAAUUGCAUUUUCAUUAUUAGUAGGACCAGUUUGCCUUCCAUUUUUGUACUCAUACGAUACAUUUGCAAGAGAAAAUGUUACAAUAUUAGGUUGGGGACAAAUAUUUUAUAAUGGUCCAUCAUCGGAUGUUUUACAAAAGGUAGAAGUAGAAGUGAUCGCAAACACACAAUGCCAGAGAUCGUUUCGAAAUGAGAGCAUAUAUACCAGUCAGAUAUGUACCCUGACCCCGGGUAAAGAUUCUUGCCAGAUGGAUUCGGGAGGGCCGCUUCUGUGGUUAGAUCCAUCCACUUUACGAUUACAAUUGGUUGGAGUUGUAUCUUUUGGAUAUGGCUGUGCUACAAAUAGACCUUCCAUUAAUUCUCGAGUAACCAGUUUCUUAGAAUGGAUCGUUACUGUUGCAGCUGAUACCAACUAUUGCAUCAAAUAAACUAGAAAUCCCGACCAGAAUAUGUUGUCCGUACUUUUUGUUGUAAAAUAGUAACUUAAAAUAAAAAUAAUUUGUCAUAU